CAGGGUUCGUUCCAUGAUCUCGUUCGCCGCAAUGGCGAGCUUAGCCGAUUGCUCAACGAGGUUCAGGCGUUCUCCAAGACUUCUGAGGAACUCGAGGAAAAGCGCAAGAGCAUGGUUGGUCCUAAGAAGGCCGUCAAGCAGCAAGAGAUGCCCGAUCAGCUUAUCGUUGAGGAGGAACGCAACACGGGUAAUAUCACCGCUGCCACCUGGUGGGCUUAUAUCAAGGCCACUGGUGGUGUGAGCAUGGCUGUCUUAUUGAUUGCCCAGAUGCUUCUCCUUCAAGGUGGUACCGUCAUUCUUAACCAGUGGUUGACGUGGUGGACCGAGGACAGCUUUGCUGAGAACGUGAAAUGGUGGAUCGGUAUUUACAAUGGCAUUGGUUGGACUACUGUCGUCCUGCUUAUCAUCAUGAACAUCAGUGUGUUGUUGAGCACCGUCCGUGCUAGCCGAACUUUCCACUCCAAAGCUCUCCGUGGUGUUCUCGCUGCUCCCAUGUGGUGGUUCGAAGGCCAGCCUAUCGGUCGUAUCAUGAACCGUUUCUCCAAGGAUAUUGAGUCGAUCGAUCAACGUCUCAUGCCCCAGCUCUUCCAAUUGGUUGCUGGUACCGGUUCUCUCAUCUCGACUACUAUCAUCUUGGCCUACAGCACCCCAGUGAUGAUCGCUAUCUUGGUCCCGAUGAUGGGUGUCUACUGGAUUGUCCUUCGCUUCUACCGCAAGUCCCUCCGUGAGCUCAAGCGUCUCGAGUCUGUCCAGCGUGGUCCUCUCCAGUCCCGUAUCAGUGAGACUUUGGACGGUAUCCCGACUAUCAUGGCCUACAAGCGCGAACAUGACUUUGCUAGUGCCGUCGGUGGUCUGCUCGAUUGCGCCAACAAGCCUACCUUCUUGAGGUUCAACGCUGAGAUCUGGGUCACCCUUCGCAUGGAGAUCCUCUCGUCUUUCGUCGUGUUUAUCCUUGCUAUGCUCGCCCAUACCAAGGCCAUUGGCAAUUCGACUCAAUUCUCUUUGGCUUUGACCUACGCCUCUACCUUGACGUACAUCAUGAACUUGCUGUUGAAGAGUGCUGCCAACGUCGAAGCUGAGAUGAACUCUGUUGAGCGUCUCAUUGAAUACACCGAGAGCCUUCCCAAAGAGCCCCCUGCCCGUCUUGAAUCAGACCCAACGAAGGCGAUGUGGCCUACUCGCGGCGAGAUCGUUCUCCGUGACAUUGAAGCCGCUUACCCGUCUCGCCCUGACAAGCUUGUUCUUCGUGAUGUCAGUCUGACGUUCAACCCUGGUGAGACCGUCUUCAUUGUUGGUCGUACCGGUUCUGGCAAGUCAACCCUCCUGUCGCUGUUGCUCCGCAUGAUCGAAGCUGGUAACGGUACCGUUGAGAUCGAUGGCAGAGAUAUUACUUCUCUCGGUGUCUCUACUCUCCGUCAGGGCAUGCAAGUUAUCCCUCAGGAUCCUUUCAUCUUCUCGGGUACCAUUCGCUCGUCGCUAGACUUCGAUGGACACCAUGAUGACAGCACCCUUUGGCACGCUCUUGACCUCGUCGGUCUGAAACCAUUUGUUUCUACCCAAGAGUCCAAGUUGGAUACCAAAGUGGAAGACAAUGGCUCUAACUACUCAGUCGGUCAACGUCAGCUUCUCUGUCUCGCAGCUGCCAUCCUACGGAACCCCAAAAUUCUCCUUCUCGAUGAAGCCACCGCUUCCAUCGAUGCUGGUGCCGACGUGUUCAUCCAGCAAGCCAUGCGUAACAGCUGCCCUGAAGCCACCAUUCUCAGUGUCAUGCACCGUCUUAGCGAUCGCAUUUUGGAGGAGUGUGACAAGGUUUUGGUAAUGGAACAAGGUGUACCCAUUGAGUACGCAUCACCACGAGACCUACUUGCGCGCCCCAACUCGAUGUUCUCGAAGUUGAUGGCCGCAGCCAGGAAUAACUCAUAAACCUCGUAUCCACCCGAGUCCACGACCCUUCAAUGACGCACGCAGACCUCAUGGCAUGGAAGAAAAAAAUCUCAACGAACCUCUCCUCAACAAUUUAUUUGGUUGGCUGUAAUCUCCCCAACUCUCUUUCGCUGAUUAUUAAUUUACGCAUUUACACCUGUAUUAUAUGGGACCACUUGACUUUUUUUACAUUAUUCCCGUACUGCAUUCAUGCACUAAAGGACUAUUAUUUCUGGUGUAAAUAGCUUUUAACAAUAUUUAUCUGAAUGAAUUUCAUUUCCCCUAUAAAAAAA